GAAACGUAUAUAGUGAAUAUAAACUCUUUUAUAACUCUUCCGUUAAAAUUAUUUCUUUUAUUAACCUAGUUCCUACUAAAAUUUAGUGACUAUUAUUUACGGUUAUUUUUAAUAAUAUUUGGUUUUAUACUUAUAUAAGUUAAUUGAAAUUGAAUGUUGAUAUUAAUUUAUGGAUGUUAAUAAUCAAUUUUGAUGAACCCUAUAUUACUUUCAUAGUGAAAUAGGGUAUUUUGCAAAGUAUGUAUAGAAUUGAUUGCUCUUAAAUCCUUAGAAAUGGACUUUCGAACUAUGGAUCUUUCUGAAAAUCAAUCUGUAUCAAAGGACCUUACCUUUUUUCAAUUUAAAGCGAAUUCUGAGGAUAAUUUGGCUGAUAAUACAAACGUAGAAGAGUCAACAACAUCUGCAAGUCCAAAUGAAAUCAUAACUGAUCCUGAAAUUACUCAAAUCAGUAAUGUUGUAAUGACAAUAGAGCCGGAGUCAUACAAAAACUGUCAGGUCAAAUUAUAUGAGGAAGAUAAAGGUCCAAAAUGGUACCCUGUCAAGGGUAAUAUAAUUACGCCACCAAUUAUCACAAAAAAUCUUCCAGAAGCAUUUAAGUUUAUGCCUGUAUUUGGAACGCCUAAAAAUAGACAUGAAUUGCAAGAGUUUCAGGAUGACAAAGUUAGAGAAUAUGUAGGAUGUGAUUUAGGUGAUGAAGAAUAUAACAAACUUGCAUCCUACUGCAGUCCAAUGCAUUUAAAAACUGGAAAUGAAUUGGUAAUGCCAACCACUUAUCCAAUACAAGGACCAUUACCAGAUAAAAAUGUGGAUAACCUGGAAUUAGAUGAAGCUAGUGAAAAUCUUUGUAUUGUAAAAAAGCUGAAGCUUAGACUCGAAAAAGAUAUUAAUGGCCAUUACACAAGAAAGCUUAAGUACAGGGGUGUGCGAGUUAUACCACCGUCACCGGAUGAUGAUUACAAAAUACCUCUAACACCAUUGGAGCCGGGUAAGGACCUAGUAUUUUACAUCAGGGUAUAUCGGCCCUUCUACUGCAAUGGUAAAUUUAGAAAUAACACCCGCCAUUCGAUAUUCAGUAACGAGUUAAUGUUGCUGGGAAGACACAAGCUGUCGGUGCUGCGCGACCACAUAGUGUGCGCCAACGACGUGGGCAUGCGCGUGGACGUCUCCGAGAACCCGGACGAUCUGCCCACUACCUCUGCCAAGGAAGUGUUCCCGUCUGGUUUCCUGUUCAUUAAUAAUGUGUUCUAUGUAGACACGCGGAAGGGAUGCGUGGACUAUUCCAAGCCUAUUCGCGAAUGGGCCAUCAAGAAGGGAUUAGGAGACUUUCCCCACAAAGACAUGACCGAAGUGACAUUAGACCAAAUCGUCAUAAAACUCGGCCAUCCUGAUGUGUACGUGCACCAAGGGCGCUGCGAGCACCCGCUGAGCGUGUCGCGCGUGCGCCUGCUGCGCGCCGACGAGAGCCGCGUGCGCUGGCCGGCGCACAGCGCGCUGUCGCACAACCAGACCGUGUACUGCGCCACGUGCGCGGAGUUCGGCGCGCGCUGGAUCGUGACGGGCUGCGAGCGCGUGCCCUUCGACCCCGCCUUCUUCUGCGACACGUGCCUCAAGCUCUACCUCUACCGGGAUGGCAAGAAGAUCUGCGACUUCCGCGCCUACUCCUACCGCGGAAACGAGCUCAAUAUCCUCAAACCGCACGGCUGAGCGUCUCGUGGUAUCUGCUAUUGUGAUGUGCGAUUUGUGAUCUAGUUAUUUUAAUGAACUCAUUAGUUAUUGUAAAAUUCAUUCGAGCCUCAACAGUUUAAUAUCAGAAGUAUAAUUUCAAUCUAUGUAAUCAGUAUACUCCGGGUAUUUGGUUUUCUUUAGUUAUCUCGAUAAGAUCAUGUGUUUACAUUUGGCUCGUUGCCAUGUAAGUUUAUUGUAAUAGUUAUAAGCUAAUUUAAAUAAUGUAAGACAUGUUAUUGUAUUACAUGUUACUAUUAGAAUUUAAGUUUAAUUAGUUAACACUAAAAUAAUUACAUUUAUUAUCCUGUGAUACGAAUAAAAUUAUUCGAACAGUAUUAAGCAAUUGAUUUUA